AUGGAAAAUGAAUUUGGUGUGCCCUAUAAAGACAGGCAAUAUUGUGAAGAACCUCAUUACAGUAUAAGAGGGGUAUUUGAGCGGCUUCACUCAGACUCAUUUAUUAGGAACCAACAAAGAGAAGUCUCUAGAUGCAGUUCAAGCUCGAAACUAAAACCUAAGAUUUCAAUUGAAGACUUGCUAAGAAAUAAAUAUUCAAGAAAAAGCGAAAAAUCAAGCGCUGCUUCUUCAUGUGCACAAACGCCAAGAAUGAAUUUAGAACAAGCCCUUGCAAAUAGUCGGUUUACUAAUCGCUCAGAAAGAAAAAGAGAGAAUCUGAAUAAUAAAAAUGAUAAGUUACCCUCAAAUGAAAAAAUUAUCCCGAAACAAGCAGAAAUCUCACUAAAAGAAUUAGCAAAAAAUAUUGAAUGUGAAGAAGCUCCUUAUCCAACUAACAGAGUUUUGAGUUCAUUUUUUAAACAAAAUAUCCCAAGUUUAAAAUUAAAUCUAUCAUCCCAUUCUCAACCAGUAAACGAAAAUCUCAACACUAGCACAGUUUCUACGACAAAUCGAACUGAUCGAAAUAAGCCAAUGACUAUAGAACAAUUAAGAGAGCAGGUAAGAGCUCGUCCAAAAAUAUUUGAGCAUGAAGAACCUCCUGAUUUACUUGAUAUGGAUAUGCUGUCAAGAAAUGAAUUUUGGCUUCGUAGAAAACAAGAUAAAAUUAAAAAAGAAAGGGAAAAUAAAGAAAAAAACGCUAUGGUUGAGUGCACUUUUAACCCAAAAAUAGAUAGGUUGAGAUCAAACUCUUCUUAUUCAGCUUUGCCAAGCGCUAGAAGAUCGCCAUCUCCCCAUUUAAGCAAAAUGAAUUCAUACUCAAAGCAGCAUUUUUAUAAGAAGAAUUUCAGAUUUAACUCAAAUGAGAGACCAAGAAGGUUUUCAGUUAAAUCAGAAAAUUCUAUUUCUUUAGAAGUAAACUCACAACAACUGAUAAAUAAAAAUUUUCUGGAAAAAUGUCGCCCACUUUCACCGAAAGUGCAGAGAAUCGGGUAUGAUGCUGGAUUUAACACAAAUUCAUUUUUAAAUAGAGCUCAGCCUAUGGCAAGCUAUAAAUUAAUAUAG